UGAUUGGAAAAUCGGCCCUUAAUUAUAUAAAUCGUAUCUUGAAUUCGAUCGAAACUGUAUAUUAGAUUGUUGAAUGAAGUAUCUCGUACCUACCAAGAUGAUCUAUAAAUUAAAGCAUACUAUGCCUAGGCUAUGGGUUCUUAAAGCUAAACUGCUUUUGCGAAAGCAAAACAACGAGAUACGAGACUUCUUUGAGUUUAUGGUUUUAGUUGAGCAAUUCAAACGGAAUAGAACCUUGUCUUUCAUCCACUACUGCUACUUUCUGGUGACUUGUGGUUUACCCUCUGACCCUAGAACCUUUUUCUUCCCUCCAGUUGACGGCAAGUUUGGUCCAGACGUAUCACUAAACGAGUUUAUUCGUAAUGUGGCGGACCUGCGCGGUACCAAAGCUAUGUGCCAUGAAGGUGGAUGCGGCGCAUGUGUGGUGGCCGCGCGCGCGGCACUACCUCCCAAUAAUGUUGUCAAGACUUUUGCUGUUAAUUCGUGUCUAGUAUCAGUCCUAUCUUGCCACGGUUGGGAGGUGACCACGGUGGAAGGGGUUGGCAACAGGAUUAAGGGCUACCACGACAUCCAGACUAGACUGGCCAAGUUCAACGGCACCCAGUGCGGGUACUGCACUCCUGGAUGGGUCAUGAAUAUGUACAGUUUGUACGAGUCAAAAGAUAAAAAUCUGAGUUCUGUUGAAGUGGAAAACUCUUUUGCCAGCAACAUGUGUAGAUGCACCGGGUACAGACCAAUCGCCGAUGCUUUCAAAUCAUUUGCUAAAGACGCAGACCAAAAGCUUUUGGACAAACUAGGAGAUCUGGAGGACUUGGCAAUGUUCAAAACUUGUGGUCUGGAAUGUGCCCAAAAAUGUUCACAUAGAGACAAAUGUUUCAAAGGUGUGGCAAAUAGUGGUGAUGGUGAUAAGGAGGUUGAAUAUAUUCUUAUAAGUGAUGAGAGUAUGAUAGUAGUUGAUGCAGGCAAACACAAGUGGUACAAAGCUUACAAUUUGAGUGAUGUGUUUAAAGCUAUGAGCUUUGGAGAAUACAAGCUAAUUGCAGGGAAUACUGGUCAAGGAGUAUACCACGUGACAGACUACCCUCCUCACGUGAUAGACAUAUUCAACGUAGCUGAAAUCAAAGGACAUAUAAUUGAUGUGAACCUUAUACUAGGCGCUGGCAUGCCUUUAACGGAAAUGAUGGAACUCUUCAUGGAAUUAGCGUCUCAAAAAGAAGAGUUCUCUUAUCUCAAACAGUUCUACGAUCAUAUGGAUUUGGUCGCUCAUAUUCCUGUUAGGAACAUUGGAACAAUUGGCGGUAAUCUAUUUUUAAAACACAUCAAUAAUGAUUUCCAAUCAGAUUUAUUCUUGCUUUUUGAGACAGUCGGAGCCAUGAUAACUGUUGUUGGGAGUGGAAAUAAAGAAGAGAAAUUCAAACUACCAGAGUUCCUCAAAGCGCCUAUGAAAGGAAAAAUAAUAAAGAAUAUCAUGUUACCUCCCCUGUCACACUGCUGUUCAGUAAAAACUUACAAGAUAAUGCCAAGAUCACAAAACGCUCAUGCAGUCGUCAACGCGGGAUUCAUGUUUAAAUUUAAGCAAAAUUCUGAAAUACUAGAGAAAGCUACUAUAGUGUAUGGUAGUAUAUCACCCACAUUUGUACAUGCAGCAAAAACAGAAGAGGUUUUAGUUGGAAAAGAUCCUUAUACCGAUGAAACUCUACAAUUGGCUCUAAAGACUUUGGAUGAAGAGAUUAACCCAGAGGAAGCUCCACCCGAACCCUCGGCUGCUUAUAGAAAGAAGUUGGCAGUUGCUUUGUAUUACAAGGCGAUCCUAAGUCUCUGUCCAAGCAACAAAAUGAACUCAUACUACAAGUCCGGAGGCGAAGCAAUCAAACGUCAUAAAUCUAAAGGCAUGCAAUCUUAUGAAACGGACAAAACUCUGUGGCCACUAAACCAGCCCGUCCCAAAGAUCGAAGCUCUGGUCCAGUGCAGUGGUGAAGCUGUAUUCGCUAAUGACUUGCCAACGCAAGCCAACGAGGUCUUUGCAGCUUUUGUCACUGCCGAUGUCAAUGCUGGCAGUAUCAUUAAAGAUUUUGACACUACUGAAGCCUUCAAACUGCCUGGAGUAACAGCAUUCUACACAGCCGCCGAUAUACCAGGAGACAACAUAUUCACUCCUGCCAACAUUCCUUUUAUGUUUGACCAAGAAGAAAUAUUAUGUGCAAAACAAGUCAAAUUCUAUGGCCAACCAGCUGCAAUAAUCGUGGCUGACAGAGAGAAAACAGCCAAUAAAGCAGCUAAGCUCGUCAAAAUACAAUACGUAACGGUCAGCAAGAACCGACCUUUGUUAAAUAUAGAUGAAGUACUGAAAUCUCCCGAAAAAUCUAAACGGGUCAGAUCCGAUCAAAUCUUAGAACCAACCGAAACAGGUAAUGAUGUAAAAACUGUUAUAACUGGACAAAUAAAAAUGGAAGAACAGUACCAUUAUUAUAUGGAGCCCCAAACGUGUGUAGUAAGACCAACUGAAGAUGGAAUGGAAGUAUUUUCGUCAACUCAAUGGCUGGACCUUACAAAUGUUGCCAUAGCUCAAAGUUUGAAGAUCCCCGUUAACAGCAUAAAUGUCCAAGUAAGAAGGGUGGGCGGCGCCUACGGUGGAAAAAUCUCUCGUUCCACUCAAAUUGCUUGUUCGGCGGCAUUAGUAACUCAUCUAACAAAUAAAACCUGUAGGAUGAUACUGCCUCUACAAACAAAUAUGGGGUCGAUAGGAAAACGCAUACCAUUGAAUAGCAGCUUUGAGGUUGGAGUAAACGCUGAAGGUGAAAUACAAUACUUGAAGAACACAUUCUAUCAAGAUUCGGGGUGUUAUUACAAUGAAACUUUGACAUUUUUAACUCUGUUGCAUUCACACAACUGUUACAACUGGAAACGAUGGUACGGUUCUGCAAAUAGUGUAUUAACUGAUAAACCCUCGAACACUUGGUGUAGAGCGCCGUUUACUACAGAAGGCAUUGCAGUAACAGAAUACAUAAUGGAAAAAAUUGCCUUCAGCCUCCAUAGAGAUCCCGUUGAAGUCAGACUUAAAAACAUGGAUUUUGAAAACAACCCGAUCCCAGACAUGAUAAAUCAAAUUAAAAAAGAUGCAAACUUUGAUGAAAGGAGUCAACAAGUUCAAGAAUUCAACAGAGUCAACCGAUGGAGGAAACGUGCCAUAAAACUGAUACCUAUGACUGUAGACAUACAGUACACAGGAAAUUUCAACGCCAUAGUGUCUGUGUAUCAUGCGGAUGGCACUGUUGUAGUUACUCACGGCGGUGUUGAAAUGGGACAAGGUAUAAAUACGAAGGUAGCUCAAGUGUGCGCUUACAAACUUGGUAUACCUUUAGAAAAAGUUAGCGUAAAACCAUCUACCAGUUUUACAUCACCAAAUGCAAUAGUCACUGGUGGAAGUAUUGGCAGCGAAUGCGUUGUGUUUGCUGCCAUGAAAGCUUGCGAAACGAUAAACGAAAGGCUUCAACCUCUAAGAGAGAAAUUGGAGAAUCCUUCGUGGGAAGUACUAGUAGCAAACGCUUAUGGUGCUGGCAUUGACCUUCAAGCUUUGCAUACAUUCUCUAAGGAAAACGAUGCUAAGCCCUACGAGGUUUAUGGAGUUGGUAUCUUGGAGUUAGAAGUAGAUAUUCUCACUGGAAAUCAUGACGUAAUAAGGGUUGAUAUAUUGGAGGACACAGGAAGAAGUUUGAGUCCAGAAAUUGAUGUUGCUCAGAUCGAAGGCGCAUUCAUAAUGGGUCUUGGUUACUGGACUUCAGAAAAGGUGAUAUACGAUGGAUCUUCAGGAAAACUGCUGACUGACAGAACCUGGACCUACAAAAUACCUGGAAUCAAAGACAUACCAUCCGAUAUGAGGAUUUACUUCCGUCGUAACGGUAGAAACGAAUCUGGCGUGCUUCAGUCCAAAGCUACGGGUGAGCCAGCUUUCUGCCUAGCUACAGUGUUCAUCCAUGCUGUACAUGAAGCUGUGCGCGCAGCACGUCUGGAUGCUGGACACGAUGACGUGUGGUUUGAUAUAGAUAAUCCUUGCACAGUUGAAAAUAUUUUCAUGGCUGCGGAACACAAAUUGGAGCACUUUAAACUUAAGUGAAUAAAUUAUUAUGUAAUGUAUGGGUUUCUUGAAAUAAAAAAGUUUUUGAAUGGUAUCUCUCAAA